AUCCACCUUCCUCAUGCUUGUCCGGCUUUGGUCUUUAAUCCGUUGCUUACUCAUCUUAGUUAUACACAUCUCCGCGCUUGUGGCAACGCUCCGGAACCUUGAAUUAUAACAUCUAUUGAAAUCGCUCAAAGGCUAGUAUAUGGCAGAUUUCUCAAUUAUUGUCUUAUAUACAAAAAAGGGAAACCAACAUGGUCAUGAUGCCUUAUUCCCCGUAAAAUCUUGAUUUAGUAGGACAUAUCCUCAAUAUGACGUACAGGGCUUUCCCGCCUCGUUGGGCGCGGACCGUAUCGGAGGGUCUGCAGCCCCGGUUCGGAAAAUGUCGCACUGAGCCUCUUCGACGAAUCACUACUGCUGCUGCCGCCGCCGCCGUUCAGACCAUACCGGAGCCGGCGAAUCCGGUUGAGACGCCAACCGUUCCGUUCUCACGCCGCGAACUGCUGAAAGAUGCAAAGCCAUUCUCCGAUUUUCUUACCGACACUUUUCAUCGACAGCACGACUACUUGCGCAUUUCGCUUACGGAACGGUGUAAUCUUCGGUGUAUCUACUGUAUGCCAGAGGAAGGCGUCCCUCUCUCCCCUCCAAAGGAACUACUAACAACGCCGGAGAUUGUGAUGCUGUCAUCUCUAUUUGUUUCCCAGGGUGUGAACAAAAUCCGCCUCACCGGCGGUGAGCCUACUAUCAGAAAGGAUAUCCUAUCUCUGAUGGAGCAGAUAGGCGCCCUUCGGUCACACGGCCUCAGACAAAUCUGUCUUACGACUAAUGGUAUAGCUCUUCACCGAAAGCUGGAGAGAAUGGUGGAGGCCGGUUUAACGGGUGUUAACUUAAGCCUGGAUACGUUAGAUCCAUGGCAAUUUCAAAUUAUGACCCGGCGGAAAGGAUUCGAUGCCGUGAUGAAAAGCAUCGAGAGAGUCUUCGAGCUGAAUAAGCACGGGGCUGGUCUUAAGCUUAAGGUCAACGCGGUUAUCAUGCGAGGUAUCAAUGACCGAGAGAUUAUUCCUUUCGUUGAGAUGACUCGAGAGAAAGAUAUUGAAGUGAGAUUCAUCGAAUACAUGCCAUUCGAUGGCAAUAAGUGGAACAAGGGUAAAAUGUUCAGUUAUACCGAAAUGCUGGAUCGUAUUCGCCAGAAUUACCCCGGUCUCGAGAAGGUACGAGAUCACAAGAAUGAUACCAGCAAAACCUACAAGAUCCCCGGGUUUGUGGGUAGGAUUGGUUUUAUUACCAGCAUGACACAUAAUUUCUGCGGAACCUGCAACCGUCUCCGCAUUACAAGCGAUGGAAAUCUUAAAGUUUGUCUUUUUGGCAAUGCAGAAGUCUCGUUGCGAGAUAUAUUAAGGGAAUCCAAUGGCGGCGAUCCGAUCGACCAAGAAACUUAUGAGGCAAUGAGGACUAUAGCGAUGGACAGGCGACGGCGAAUAUCAGAAGAACCAGCUUCCUUUGGCAUAGCACCUAAUGAGCGUAAACUCUUGGAGGUCAUAGGUAUGGCUGUAAAGAGGAAAAAGGCUAAGCACGCGGGCAUCGGUGAAUUGGAACAUAUGAAGAAUAGGCCCAUGAUACUCAUAGAUUCGCAGCAAUAUAUCCCAGCCAAUCGCUCUCAAGUUUCGGCUUGGGAUACUAUCAAAAAUCCUCCUGUCGUACCGCUUGCUUCUAAGCAGCUUUCCCCUUGGCUGCUUAAAGUGCCAACCCGUUUCCUUAAUGGGCAGCAAUUACGAUGCUUCUCACUUAGCAGCUCACGACCUGAUAGGAAGCAUGACACAACUAGAUUGACACAUGUAUCUGAGUCUGGUUCUGCCCACAUGGUCUCUAUCUCAGACAAGACACCUAGCAAGAGAGUCGCCAAGGCAGCCUGCGGCGUCUAUUUUACAACCGAGUUGGCAUGCAAACUCAUAAAGGAGAAUCAAAUCAAGAAAGGCGACGUUCUAGGGGUGGCUCGCGUGGCCGGUAUUAUGGCUGCAAAGCGAACAUCUGAUCUCAUUCCGUUAUGCCAUCCCAUUGCUAUUACCAAGGUCACCGUAGAUCUUGUUGUGCUCGAAGAAGAGGAUGGCAAAAAUGGUCGAGUUGAGAUCGAGGCUACCGUAGCCUGCGAAGGCAAGACCGGGGUGGAGAUGGAGGCUCUUACGGCGGCUUCUACAGCAGCGUUAACUGUAUAUGACAUGUGCAAGGCGGUAGAUAAGGGGAUGAGCAUCCAAGGGUUGAGAGUCAUUCUAAAGGAGGGGGGUAAGAGUGGCCGUUGGGUAGAUGGAGCCCAAGAUGACUCGAUAGGACCAAACUAAUAGGAUCUAUACUUCAGACCUUCAUCAUGAACAUAUGUAACUAUAUUAUACACGCAUAAUAUGCCACUUCUACCAUUCCUACUAAUCAGCUGGCAUGUGUGGGUAGUCACCCCAUCGGUAUUAUUACGCCAAUAUCGAAUGAUAUUUGCUUGUGAAGCUCUUGCAGGAGAGGGCUACUGAGUAAG